UGAAGCAGCGACCUGUUGUCCCUGACUCUGUGGUCUGACGAAGCUCGGGGCCUUGAAUGGCUUGCGUGCAUUCAUCUGUUCAUGUAGCUUCAGCUCUUUCUGUCUGUUUGCGACUUUCAACUUUUUUCUUGACCUCGACCACAAAAGAUAUUGAGCAUGAUGGGCUACAGGAUGCUGGCAGGUACAUUGGCGAGGCAGGCACGGAGGUACAGUACAAGUACCGGUCCGCAAUUGUUGUUGACACUCAAGGAAGCAGUCAAGCAGAGUAUGCGAAACAAGGACAAGCCACGCUUGAAUGUGUGCAAGGACAUCCUUGCGCAAGUCGUCAAUGCGAGCAAGACGAACAAGCCAGUAGAAACGGACGUGCAAGUCAUCAAUCUACUGCGAAGCAGCGCAGCCAAGAGAAGAGAGGCCGCAGCUGCGUAUAGGCAGCAUGGACGUGCCGAACUGGCAGAGGUCGAAGAACUUGAAGCGGGUUUGCUCGAUAGCUUUCUCCCGAAGCAAAUGGAUGAAGGUGUGCUACAAGCUCAAGUAGUGGCGCUCGUCUCGCGUAUGCAGGCUACACCAAAGGAGAUGGGCAAAGUUCUCAAGGCACUGGCUGAGGAAGUCGAUGAAAGUGCAGCGCCGAAAGCAAUGCAAGCGAGGAUUGUCAAGCAGGUCCUGGCGGGAGCUUCGACGGCGCACAAGACAAGUUCUUAGGCUUCUGCACAGGUGCAGCGGCAUGCAAGAAGUUGUCGUCUUUGAUCGCUUGAUUAGCCGCAAGCUUGUCAGUGAGAGAAGCUGUUUUGAGGUGGAGUCAGUGCGAGUGACCUACGCUCGUGUGUGUGUCUACCUUGGGAGUAGGCUCUGAGCCCUGUCUAUCGUGAGUUCUGAACAAGCCCUCGGUCGCGUUACAGAGCUUCCGGCACUCAGAUGCUCGAUCAUAUAAAGCUGGAGCAAAGUCAAUUCAGCGUCUCUGACACAACUGAUCAAAGAAUGCGUCUGUCGAUAGGAAGCUCUCUGUGACUCCAUCGGACACUCAGCUAGCUGGCCGCCUUUCAAGCCACCUUUCGGUAUUGGACUAGCACUACCCCUGGAUUUCGAAAGGAUUGCCCGGCCCGCUGCGGCAAUUUAAGUUAUCUGCUGCUAGAUUGUAGGAGCCAUACACUCAACUCCUCGCCCCUAU